CAUGAAGUGUUUUGCCCGAUUGACAUGGCUCCGCGGUGACAGCUGGCCUGUUUUUACACGUUCCUUCUAAAUAAGGAAGCGGCCCGCCAGGCAUAUGACCGCCGGUCCAAUUUGGGAGCUGCCAACAAAGCCCAUCACGCCCCAUGUUCUCACUCUCGCGCUCGCUCUCCCCGGGGCCGCUCGCGUGGGUUGAGAGCGAUUGGAUUCUGACGUUCGGACUGACCCCCGGCGGCGGUGAGGUCAGCGUGAUGUCAUCCUGAAGGUGAGUGAUGUCAUCCCGAAGAUCUCCCGGGCAAGGUGAGCUUGCAUUUUGGUGAGUGUGAGGUGCUCCCCGUCCAGAGAGGUGAAACAUGGUAAUCAUCAUAACCGCCACCAGCUCAAGCUCUGCCGCCCUGCUCUUCUCAUCUACCGAGGGGCUUAUUGCGUUACACGCUCGCAGCCCCGACCUGCCUUCCAAAAAUAAGCCCCUGCCACCAUGCCGAAAGAAGAAAAACAAGAGUGGUAUUUUUAGGGGCAUUAAUUUUGACCACGUGCCCCGAGGGUAAACCGGAUGGCCACUGCGCAAAGGUUCCUGAUCAGUAUGUGCGAGAGCAGCGGGCGCUGGACGUGGACUGCGGUUGUUCUGCUGGGCUUUCUGCUUGGGAUCGUGUCCUCCUACCCCACCUCGAACAGGAGUAAUGCAACUUCACUGGAGAAAAGGUGGGAGACGCUCUUCUCCCGCUCCGUUUUGGGGAUCUCGGUGGAGAAAUCGGACCUGAACUGGGAGCGUGACUAUUUGCAGGGCAUUAAGAGAGUGCGGAGGCUGUACUGCAACGUGGGCAUUGGGUUUCACCUGCAGGUCCUGCCAGACGGAAGGAUAAACGGUGUCCAUAAUGAGAACCAGUACAGUCUUAUAGAAAUCUCAGCGGUAGAGAGAGGAGUGGUUAGUCUAUACGGAGUGAAAAGCAAGCUGUUUGUCGCAAUGAGCAGCCGCGGAAGGUUAUACGGAACGAGGGCCUUCCGUGACGAGUGCAAGUUCAAGGAGACACUGCUGCCCAACAAUUACAACGCAUACGAGUCUUCCAUUUACAAGGGCUUUUAUAUCGCCCUCAGCAAACACGGCCGCUUGAAGCGAGGCUACAAGGCUUCCCCAGCAAUGACCGUCACACAUUUCCUCCCACGUUUAUGAGCAAACCUGGCAAUAACAGUCAUUUGCACAUGUUUGAUGUUCUCGUAGGUAACCCAGACAUGCUAAGAGGUGAACUGCAAAGAACUAAAAGAACACAUUGUAUUUAUUCUCAUUGAAAUAAUAGUAAUAAUAAUAAUAUAUGUAUAUUUCGGUAGCUUACUUUGUGUCUGAACUUUGUGUACAUGCCAUUCUUUGCUGCUUAUGAUUUCUAUUAUGAAUAUUAUCGAGGAGCUUUUUUGCCUUCUCACUUUUUAUGGGUGCUUGCCAUAACUGGUGUAAACCUUACCCGGCACUGGACUAACAUCCUCAGCUUUUAGAAGUGAAAUGGAUACUUUUUAUUACCUCAAAGAGCCGCGUCCGCAUUGAAAAAGUUAUGGAGGGAAAAAUAAAUAUCAGUUUAGUGAGAUGAAAGCACUUGUUUUUCAUGAUUAGGUGGUGCCUUAGCCUCCUUUUAUGCAUGCAAGAAUGAGGUUUCUGUUCCAUAUUUAGAUCAACAACUAAAUAGUUGACUUUAUAAACUGACUGCAUGCAUCCUUAUUGGGGGUUCAGAUAAGAGAGGGCUAUUUUACGCCUCAUGCAAGCUCAGAAUUUGACUGAACGUCUAUGGACGGCUAGUCCUGAAAGUUUCGGGUGCUUCCAUUUGAAUGAACGCUGAUCAAGCUUGUGAAAUGCAUAGAAUUGCAUUAAUCUUGAAUUAUGUGGCUUGAUUAUACGAUAGCAUAACUGUUGCUUAGUGAUAAUAAAACCGCUCAUUUUACAUAUCAGAUUAAAUAUAGUGUGCGAUUAAACUUUUUAUUUGAUUUUUAUCAUAGAUACGUAUUGAUACUAGUCAGUGGUGUCUAUGUUUUACCUCUACAGUCAGUGAUCUCCAGUGAGGGCUCAUUCACCAACAUGUUGACUGCAUACUUGAACCCCCACCUCAAAAAGUCUUUGGAAUGUAAAAACCAAUACAACCGUCUUAAUCUGUUUGAGAUAACAUAAUUUGUGCAUUACUUUAUGUUUGAAUAUCACCUGUGCACACUCUUAAAUUCCCAAGUCAAUUGACUUUGUCUAGGGUAUUUGGUUCAAGUCACACUUGAAAUUGAAAUGAACUUUGGCGUUUGUAGGCAUUCCCCAUCCCAUGCCCCACUUUUUCUAAUUAUAGAAUUACAGGAAUAGUUCACCGAAAAAAGGCAAUGUUUAUAAUUUUGGAUAAAUUUAGCAUUACAUUACUUGCUUACCAAUCGAUCCUCUGCAGUGAAUGGGUGCCGUCAGAAUCAGAAUCCAAACAGAUGAUAAAAAUAUCAUAAUAAUCCACAAGACUCCAGUCCAUCCGUCUUGUAAAGUUAGAGAAAUACGCAGAGAUCAAGCACUGUUUACAGGCAAACAUAGUUCCAAACAAAUAUGUUGGGGGAUUUAUUUCAAACACGCAGCUUUUCACUUCACAAGACAUUAAUUGAUAGACUGGAGAAAUAUGGAUUACCUGUAGAUUAUUGUGAUGUUUUUCUCAGAUGUAUGAACUCACUCUGACGGCACCCAUUCACUACAGAGUAUCAAUUGGUGAGCAAGUGAUAUAAUGCUAAAUUUCAACAAAUCUGUAAAAAAAAAAAAAAAAUAGAUGGCCUGAUAGUAAGUUAAACUAUUCCUUUAAGGAAACAACAAACUCCUUUAAAGUCAAAUAUUAUUUAAUUAUUUGUAGAAUAUUCGGUUAAAGACUGAGGCUCUCAUCUUUCAGAGAAAAUCUGGUCAUUUCCAUCUUCGUUUUUGUUGCGGUUGUUGCUCACAACAAUCAAGAUCUGUUUAUAUCUUUGCUUCAAUACCUCUAAAACACGUGCAAAACACUUCAUGUUAGAACACGUUGGAUUUCUGUCGCAGCUGCAAUGUGCAGGCAAGAAGAAAAGGUUUGAUAAUCAGUGCAGUACUAGCUAGCACAUAUCGACCUUGAUUUCUCUUGCAUUACUUGAUCUUAAUGCUACAAAGGAGAAGGAUGUUAUUUUUAUAACAGUUAUGGCUGGGAUCUUUGAGCCAGGUACACUGAUAAUAUGCUCAUGGAGUGUGUUUGUGAUUUUUUUUUUUCCUUAAAAGUAUAUUUCACCCAAAAAUGUAGACUACACACCCUCAUGUUGUUCCAAACCUGUGACAUUUUUCUUUUGUGGAAUAUAAAACAAGAUAUUUAAAAAUAAAAUUGUACCCAAUUGACUCUCAUUGUAUGGACAAAAAUGCAACGCAAGAAACACAUAAGAAAGAAAGUUACAGAGGUUUGGAACGACUUGAGGGUGAAUAAAUAAUGAUGAAAUCUUAAUUUUAGGGGGGAGCUGUCUGUUUAAGCAUAAUUAAAACUAUGGUUUAUGGCUAUGGUCAUUUUUUAUGUUCUGGGGAUAAAGAGAGAUUUUCAGCUCUAUUAUGUUGAAAAUAUGAAUAUAUUAGUGUUGAAGACUAUGGAUUUGAAAAUCUUUGUACCCCAAAUAUGGCAUGCAAUGUGACCUCUUCAGUGAAACUGUCGAAAUACUGCUUUUUUUAAUGUAUGUGAUGACUGAUGUUAAUUUAUUGAUAUGUAUCUCCAAUGUACCCUGUCCUCUAUCAGAUUUCUGAUCUCUUUAUACUUGGAUGAAAUGAAUAGAAUUUUGAAAUGAAUAGAAUGGUUUUUAAUGCAAAAUGAUGGACAGACAUGUGUAUUUAGAAUUCAAACCCUCUAAACUAAGUGCUUUUAGAAACAGCUAUUUCUCAUGUAAGAUCCACCAGUUUCUUUGUACUGUACUUUGUCUUCAGCUUUGAAAUGGCCCCAUUUGCGUCUUACGAGAUGAUUGUUAGGGAUGGUGCAUGGUUGUGUGUUCUUGUACGUAUGCAACCUUUGUGUUUUCUCAGUUUUGUAUUCCUGCACUGAGGGGCAGACGCCCCCUCCAAAUUCCCCUCCUAUUUUCUAACAUAUACCUCACCUUCUGCCUUAGUUCCAAUUUGUUGAAAUGAUUGUUAGGUUUGUUGGAGACAACAAACUUUUUGCCAAUCAUUUUGUUCUUUGAAAAAAAAAAUAAUAAUAAUGAAAAAAUGAGUAAGAAUUCUAAUAUAUUAAGAAAAUGUUUCCUUUUAUUUUUAUACGUAUGUGCUGUGCACAGCAGCCAACUGUAUUGCUGAAAAUAAAAUAAAAGGUUGUUUUUUA